CUCCGGGCUCCGCCGCCAGCAGAAGCAUGAAGGGCCUCGGGGCAGCCUCCCCGGAUGUGGCCACCAACUCUUCCCUGGCGGCUGCAGAUGAGUGUGGCCAGGAGUCGUGGCUGGAGAACGUCCUCUUCGCCUCCUUCUACCUCCUGAACUUCCUCCUGGCUUUUGUCGGCAAUGCCCUGGCCCUGUGGCUUUUCCUCAGGGACCACAGGUCAGGGACGCCUGCCAAUGUGUUUCUGAUGCACCUGGCCGUGGCCGACCUGGCCUGCGUGCUGGUCCUGCCCACGCGCCUCGUCUACCACUUCUCGGGGAACCACUGGCCGUUUGGGGAAAUCCCCUGCCGCCUCACCGGCUUCCUCUUCUACCUGAACAUGUACGCCAGCAUCUACUUCCUGUCCUGCAUCAGUGCUGACCGCUUCCUGGCCAUCGUGCACCCCGUCAAGUCCCUCAAGCUCCGCAGGCCCCUCUACGCACACUUGGCCUGCGCCUUCCUCUGGGUGGUGGUGGCCGUGGCCAUGGCCCCGCUGCUGGUGAGCCCACAGACCGUGCAGACCAACCACACCGUGGUCUGCCUGCAGCUGUACCGGGAGAAGGCCUCCCCCAAUGCCCUGGUGUCUCUGGCCGUGGCCUUCACCUUGCCGUUCGUCACCACGGUCACCUGCUACCUGCUGAUCAUCCACAGCCUGCGGCAGGGCCCCCGCGCGGAGAAGCGCCUCAAGAACAAGGCGGUGCGCAUGAUCGCCGUGGUGCUGGCCAUCUUCCUGGUCUGCUUCGUGCCCUACCACGUGCACCGCUUCGUCUACGUGAUGCGCUACCGCGGCGGAGGCAUCUCCUGCGCCGCCCAGCGCGCCCUGGCCCUGGGGAACCGCAUCACCUCCUGCCUCACCAGCCUCAACGGGGCGCUCGACCCCAUCAUGUACUUCUUUGUGGCUGAGAAGUUCCGCAACAUCCUGUGCAGCCUGCUCUGUGGGCACAGGCCCUCAGGCCCGCCGCCCAGCUUCGAAGGAAAAACCAACGAGAGCUCCAUGAGUGCCAGGUCGGAGCUGUGAGCAGACACGCGCACAUGCGUGCACUCU